ACAACCCCCAUUUCCAACCUCUAAACACACACACACACACACACACACACAGUGUUCCUCACACACUCUCCUUCUGUUUCUCCUGUGUCUCUCAGACCUGUGUGUGCUGCUCCUGCUUCCUCUCUCUUUCUACUCAUCUCCACUGUGUAUGAGAUAACAUCAGCCUCUGAGACCAGGUUCAGGACGUACAAGAGUGACUUUCAUUCAGAACUCUGAAGACAUCAUGAAGAUUGAACUGCUGCUGCUGUUUGCUCUGGUUGGGUCUUUUUGUACCAUCACGUAUGCAAGUACUCUUGUGGUACCCACAGAAGCGGAGCUGACGCAAAUGACAGGGGCUUCUAUGUCCACUGAGACUACAGUGACAUUAAAGGAUGAAGAGGCUGCUCCAGAGGAAGCUGUCACCAAAGCAUCAGCACCAGCUGCUACUGAAGCUACUGUGGAGGAAACAGGGGCAACAUCCGCUCAUACUGAAGUUCUUAUGGAGGAAACAGAGGCAACAUCAGCUCAUACUGAAGUUCAGACUGAGCAAACAGACUCACCAUUAGCUCAUACUGAAGCUCCUGCACAAGAAACUGAAGCGCCAUUAGUAAGUACGGAAGCUCUAGCAGAAAACCCUGAAGCAGAUGUGGAGAAAAGUGCAGCCACAGAAGGUACACCUGAAGUUACUGAGGCAGGAAAUAAAUCUGAAGCUCCAGAAACAAGCCUGCCAGGCACAGGACGAGAAGGAGAGGCUGACCAAGUGAUCGAAAUGGAGAGAGAUAAGGUGGAAGUGGAGGAAUCAGAGGGUAUGAACACAGGUCACGUGGUAGGCAUUGUACUUGGUGCACUGAUCGCUGUUGUCAUCAUCAUUGCAGUAAUAGUCGUGGUGGUCAGGAGGAUGGGCCAAUACUCCCCCUGAAAAGGAAGGCGGCAAGACAGGAAGAAAAGAAGAAGAAGAAGCAGAAGAAGAAGAAGAAGUUCUGGAAAUUCUGAACUACUGAACAGAUGCCAUUUCCUGUCAUUAAAUAAACAAGCUAGGAGCACUCUAACCAUCCAGGACAAUUAGGGCAGCAUCCUGCCUAUCUACCCGAGAGCCAUUGACAUGGACGCUCUGCCCUUUUCCCAUGCCAUCACCCUCCCCUUUUCCCAAAAUCCCCAGAACCCCCGACAACUGCCAAAGAUUAAGACAGGAAGUAAAGGAUCAGGAAGAAUUUGAAUGUGUCACAAAAUUAUUGUUAGAACACAUCAGGGUUGUAAUAAGGACCUAAUGAACAAACACUUUAACAACAAACUGAAAUAUCUUUUAAAAUAGUGGGGAGAGAUUAGGUAAAUUACAGAUAAAGAAAUGCGAAAGGUGUAAAUAACACACACACACACACACACACACACACACACACACACACACACAAAAAAAAAAAAAAAUAUGGUCAUAAUUCACCAGCCUUAGCCUUAAUCUUUUUUUAAAUUGCAUUCUAUGUAUCGAAAGCAUGCAUACACACACACUAGCAGUCCUUGAGUCUGUAUGCACAUUCAGUUCCGUGUAGCAUGACAGCAUCAACAUCCUGCAGUAGUAUAACGCAUAAAAAGCAUUUUAUAACCAGAUUAUAAAUAGAUUAUAAAGAUACUGUAACCUGUUGUAAGCUGUCCCAGGCAGAUCCUGUCAGGACAAGUUGGGCUUGUAUGAUAUAUGUUUCAUAUUUUUGUAUAACUAGUAGCUUUAAUCCUGGAAUAUAAAACUUUGACAGAGCAUUAAUGGAAGGGCUGGCAGCCUGGAUACUUUCUAUGCUCAACUCUUGCAGUUCAUUAAUGUGAAUUUGAAUUGACGUAGUUGUUUUCAACAGCCUUCCUUUUUAACAGCAAUCACAUCAUAGUCACCUUGUUCCACAGCAUACCGCCAGUGUGAAUGCUGCUUAAAGUUUUGCAACCAGAGUAAUUUUUGAAAAUUUUGUUCAAUCUGGAAAACAUUUAAGAAGCUUUGAGACACUCAGGCUCAUCAGCCUUUUACAUCAUGUGGUCUGGCUACCAGACUUGUGUGUUAACCUCAGGUUCACUGGACUAGAUGUGGCUCUUUUUGCUGCAUAAUUAAGGGGUGUGUGUUAUGCUAUGCUUGCUUUAAUAUGUGCACUGACUGACAAUGUUUAAUGUAAAAGGUUUGAGACACUGCAACUGUUUGCAACGAUACCUUUUUUAAUGCUUAGUCUAUACGCCAGGUCCUCACUUUACUGUCUGCUGUCUAAGUCAUUUUAUUUAAUUGCAGUGUUUUAUUUUUUUCUUUUUGGAUGUUCAUACUGUUUCAAUAAAAAAGUGAAAAUUGA